AUGUAUUAUAGAAUCGGAAGUGGGUCAUUUUCAUAUGUUUUCAAGGCAGUGUCUGCAGCUCCAAGGAAUAAUGGUGUUCGCAGUACUGUGGCAAUAAAAGUUAUGAGUAUGCAAGCAGCUAAUUCAUCGAAGCUGAGCUCUGAUUGUGUUGUUUCCGAAAUAAAAAUAUUGAAAAACUUAAAGCACAAAAACAUAGUUCGUCUACACGAUUUUCACUGGGAUCAUAACAACAUCUAUCUUAUAAUGGAAUACUGUGGAAGUGAUAAUUUAAGUUCGUUUAUCAAACGCUACGGUUCAUUACCGGAAGCUCUUACGCGGCGUUUUUUUCGUCAAAUAGCGGUGGCAAUUCAGUAUAUGAGAACGAUGAAUGUAGCUCACAUGGAUUUGAAGCCACAAAAUAUAUUGCUUACCAACCGACACUCCCCUUUUGUUAAGAUAUCAGAUUUUGGUUUGGCAUUAUAUUUGAAGAAGAAUGAGCAUGCAUGUUCAUUUAGAGGCUCUCCACUGUACAUGGCUCCUGAAAUCUUUCGCCGUUGUCCAUAUGAUAGUCGUGUUGAUCUAUGGUCAUGCGGUGUCAUUCUUUAUGAAUGCUUGUACGGCAUACCUCCAUUCAGGGCUGAUACAUAUGAUGAAUUAGUAGAACAGAUUUUAUCCAAACAACCAAUACAUUUUUUAAAAAAUAUACAUCUCUCGCAUGAUUGUCUUGACCUUCUAAAAGGACUGCUAGUUCGUGAUCCUUUUCAUCGAAUUACGUUUGAGCGAUUUUUCACACAUCCAUUCGUAAAUAUCGCAAAAUUGACUACAGUUGCUGAAUUAAGGGAAGCGGAUAGUUAUGUACAGCAGUCACGACAAGCUGAAUUAGAAGAUAACUUGGUGGCCGCGAUAAAGCUCUUGACAAAUGCUAUACAAAUUUAUAUGUGUUGGUUGGAAUCAUUAGAGGAGAAUAAAGAGAAAGCGGAGUUUCGGAAGAAAAUUAAAGCACAUUUGGAGCAUGCCGAAAAUAUGAAGGAACAUUUACGACCAGUUACGAAGCAGCUUCCAUCAUCGCAUUUAUUUGAUGAUCAUUCAGAAUGGAAAGACAAACCCCAAGUCUAUGCUGCAGAACUUCUAGCACGAGCUGCGAAUGAUCUGGAAUAUGAGGAGCAGUGGAGUGAUGCGUUUGAAAAAUAUACGUUAGCGAUUGAAGGUGCAUUGCAAGUUUUAAGAAGUGAAGAUAGAAGUACAAAACGUGCAAUUAAAUUGCAACACGAAGUUUCAAACUGGUUGUUUGCAGCGGAACGACUUAAGGUAUGUCUGUAUUUACAGUUUUUGAUCAUUCAAGAGUUAAUUUUUAUUUGUUGGAAGUAA